AUGGCAUUUGAGUAUCAAGCACACCGUUGCAUCUCCUCGUGCAUCCUCCUUCUUGUCGGUGUCGUCCUUCUGCUGAGCGCUGGCACGGGGUCCUCUGCUAGUUGCUACAAGCGCAUCUUCACCUUUGGCGACUCCAUCAUCGACACCGGCAACUUCGUGCAGUUGAUCGGCCAUAACCCAUCCCCGAUAAAGGAGCCCCCGUAUGGGAUGACCUUCUUCCACCACCCGACAGGACGCAUCUGUGACGGCCGCGUCCUCAUUGAUUUCUACGCGGAAGCGCUCGGGCUGCCGUUGAUACCACCAAACUUACCCAACGAGAACACGGGACUAUUCCCAUGGGGUGCCAACUUUGCUGUGUUCGCUGCUACAGCGCUGCCCCCCGAGUACUUCAGAAAUAAGUGGAACCACACUGUGCCCGGGUCUUCCUUCCUGAGCAGCCAGAUCGGCUGGUUCAAGGAUAUGCUUCACCGGUUAGCUCCAGGGGACGCUACCAAGACAGUCCUGAGCGAGUCUCUCAUCAUUUUGGGCGAGAUUGGUGGAAACGACUACAAUUUCUGGCUUCUCAGUCGUCGUCCUCGUGAUGUAGCCUACCAAUUCAUCCCAGAUGUUGUCUCCAUCAUAAUCAAUACUGCCCAGGUGCUCAUCAAUCUCGGCGCAAAAACGAUCAUGAUCCCGGGAAACUUCCCCAUCGGGUGCGUGCCAGAAUACCUGGAAGCUUUCAAGACCAACAACCCUGCGGAUUACGACGAGUUCCACUGCCUCAAGUGGUUCAAUGACUUCUCCAUGCGGCAUAACCAGGCGCUAUCCAAUGAGAUCAAUAGGCUCAGGGCGCAGCACCCGGGCGUGAAGCUCAUCUACGCAGACUACUUUGGGGCUAACAUGGAAAUCUUCAAGAAUCCACACAUAUUUGGCAUUCGUGAUCCUCUACUUGCAUGUUGUGGUGGCAAGGGUUAUAGUGAUGGAAAGUCUUGUGACAAGAACGCCAUUCUUCUAGGUGACCCAGCGAAUUUCGCCAGCUGGGACGGUAUCCACAUGACCGAAAAAGCCUACAACGCUAUCGCCGACGGGGUGUUGCGUGGGAAGUUCGCGAAACCGCCAUUAUUGUAUUCUUGUUAG